UCCCCACUCACCUCCUGCUCACCUGCCGCCAGUCAGGACCCGGAGCGGUUGGAGUUUUGACAGAGGAACCAGCUUCUAGCUAGCGAAGGCGGGGUUAAAGAAAAAACAAGGAAUUUCCUGGUGAGCUACGACAACACAGGAAGGAUGAAUGUGGGCGUAGCUCACAGCGAGGUGAACCCCAACACCCGGGUGAUGAACAGCAGAGGGAUAUGGCUCACCUACCUGCUGCUGACCGUCGUGUUGCACAUCGUCCUGCUCAGCAUUCCUUUCUUCACGGUGCCGCUCGUAUGGACCCUCACCAAUGUCAUCCACAACCUGGUGAUGUACUUGUUUCUACACACAGUGAAGGGCACUCCCUUUGAAACACCAGACCAAGGCAAAGCUCGUCUGCUGACACACUGGGAACAGAUGGACUACGGUGUCCAGUUCACAUCUUCACGCAAAUUCCUCACCAUCUCACCAAUUGUACUGUAUAUUCUUGCUAGUUUCUACACAAAAUAUGAUCCCACACAUUUCCUCGUCAACACAAGCUCCCUCCUCAGCGUCCUCCUCCCAAAGCUGCCUCAGUUUCAUGGAGUUCGGAUAUUUGGGAUUAACAAAUACUGACAGAACUGACUGAGCACUGGAUUGUAAACACCAACACUGGACUUGUAGUUCUCUGUUUCUGCUGUUUAAAGGUUGAGGAAAAGAAAACCAUUUUAAUUUGUCUACAAGCUGCAGGAGGAUUGAGUGAAAGUUGCUUUCGUGCUCCUUCUUGCAGCCUGAAAAAGUAAAUGCACGGCUGCUGUUUUAUCAGAGUAAAUUCAUUCUCUACUGACAUUCCUGAUGUAAAAGCCGGACAGUUUGCUCUUUCUGCAAAGACGAGAGCAAAGUCUGAACUGCACUGCUUUGAAAUGUGAUGUUUAUUCAUCUUUUAUGUCUCAGAUGUUUCUGUUACAAACUGCACUGGCUGCAAGUCUGUAAAGUGUCUGGCUGUUGCCAUAAAUCUGGCAGUGUGGUUCAAGUCCUGAAGGACACUUACAAUUUCUUUGAUGCUUCUUUCUUGAUUUACUGUGAAGGAUUUAGAUGCAACAUGCAUUUACACACCUACAAUAAACAUUUUGCCAUGAUACACGUAA